AGCGGUGCCCUUAAAGAUGCCCACGAGCACGUGGGCCCCGCAAUAUCGAUGGCGGUAACAUAGGCCGAGUUCUCCCUAAAUACUUGAGCCAAUGGAUAACCGAGCACGAUCGAACGUCUGGUUGGCUGGAGAUGUUGCGUCUGUUUGUGAUAUCAAAUUGGGUCGUACAUCACUUUGCUGUUGUAUCAGGGCGAUUGCUGGAGAGAAGAAUACUGGCAACGAAACAUGGAUGAACAACUGCAGUGCACUGUCACCAAGUGCAUUCUUCAUCGUAUUAUCAGUACGCAAUCGGUGUCGUGCUGUUGCCGUUUGUCGUAUCGUUGAAGGUUGGGUCGAUCACUGGUGUAUCCAUGUCUCCUGGGUAUGGCGGAUACCAAAGCACCACGCCGUCGCCUUGCUACACAAUGACAACAUUCGCACCUACCGGCUACUACACUGAGGGCCAUAAUUACUACACCACCAAGGCUCCAGAGUAUUACACCGCAGCUAAUGCUGCCCCAAGCUGAAUCACCAAAGAUCCUGAGUACUACACCGAGGCUCAAGUAUUACUCAGUUCCUAGCUACUACACCGAGGCUUCAACUUAUUACACCAUCAAAGCGGCUGAAUACUACACCGAGCCGCCCAAGUACUUCACCACCAAGGCUCCAGAGUAUUACACCACAACUUGUGCUUCCCCGAGCCGCUACACCGAAGCCCCGAAGUAUUACUCUGCCCCAAGCUACACAACUACAACUGAGGCGUCCAAGUAUUACGCAGCCCCGACUUAUUACACAGUGGCUGCUCCUUCGUACUACGUUGAAUCGGAAUACUACACCGGGGCUUCAGUUUACUACACUACAACCUACGCUACACCUAGCUACUACACCGAGGCCCUACACUACCAAGGCAACCGAAUAUUAUAACAACUUAUGCUGUUCCAACCAACUACACAGAACCUCCGAAGUAUUACUCUAUCGGUUUAUCCCGAUUUACUACACCACUAAGGCACCUGAAUAUUACACCACACCCUACGCUUCUCCAACUUAUUACAGGGACGUUUCUAAUUAAUACUAGAGUCGAAUUUUCAAUUUUAAUAAUUAUGUUCAGAUUUGUCGGUCAUAUCUUAAAAAUUACUAGUCACUUGAAAGUGUUGAUCUUUAAAGAGAAAUAAAAUUUGUUUAACCUA